AUGCAUCGAGGCAGCUUUUUGAUCGUUCUUAGCUGUUUAGUUUUGUGUAUUAAAUUAGCUAAUGCAGCAAAUUGGGCAUUGCUAGUUGCUGGUUCUAAUGGAUGGUAUAAUUAUCGACAUCAAGCAGAUGUUUGUCACGCAUAUCAAAUUUUACAUAAUCGUGGUAUUCCUGAUUCAAAUAUUGUGGUGAUGAUGUACGAUGAUAUAGCUCAAAAUCCAGCUAACCCUACGAAAGGUAUUAUUAUCAAUCAUCCACAUGGUCACGACGUGUAUCACGGUGUUCCGAAAGAUUAUACAGGCGCGACGGUAACACCAGAGAAUUUUGUGAAUAUCUUACUUGGAAAUAAAACACCCAUGCAAGGGAUCGGCAGUGGAAAGGUUAUUGAAAGCGGUCCAGAUGAUAACGUAUUCGUUUAUUUCACAGAUCACGGUGCUACUGGUCUGGUGGCUUUUCCCAGUAGUUUUCUCUAUGCAACUGAUUUGAAUGACACAAUUACCAAAAUGUAUACGGGCAAAAAAUACAAACAAAUGGUUAUCUACAUCGAAUCAUGUGAAUCAGGAUCGAUGCUCGAAAAUAUUGUACCCAAUAAUAUUAAUGUUUACGCGACCACAGCAUCGAAUGCCGAAGAGUCAUCCUAUGCAUGCUAUCUUGAUAAUAAACUUUCAACGUACUUAGGUGAUUGUUAUUCAGUAGCUUGGAUGGAAAAUUCUGAUGAGAAGAAAUCUGCGAAAGAGACACUGUAUGAUCAGUAUGAAAUUACAAAACGAAAGACUCAUGAAAGUCAUGUUAUGCAAUAUGGUGACCUCAAUCUCGGUCGAACUCAUGAUGUGAACGAAUUUCAAGGUAAUAAUACGGGAUCGUCGGAAAAGAGAUCGUUUUAUGGCAACAGGCGAAACCGAAAUGCUGUUCCCAUGGAAGAUGUUCGUAUUUCAAUCCUGUCACAUCGUUUAGCUGCCAGUAAGGAAAAUUCCAAUGAACGAAAAAUUUUAGAAAAGGAACUUGCUCGAACAAUCAACGACAAACAUGUUAUUCAAAGUCGAUUGGAACAGAUUAUCUCAUUUUCUUUGUCAUCGAUGAAUAACAUACAAUUCUUCACAACAAUCACACAGAAUCGAAUGAAGUUGACUCAAUUUAAAUGCUACAAAUCGGUUACUCAGUAUAUUCACAAGCAGUGUUUUGAUCUUCAAAAUGAAUUUGCUCUUCACAAAUUAUGGACAAUCGCGAACCUGUGUGAAAUCAGCAACAACGAAUCAGUAAUCAAACAUGCCAUUGAUCAAGCGUGUCCCGAACGUUUACACUUUGACUAUUAA